CUCCUGUGGGAGUCCCAGCCUUGCCCAGCAGUGGGAUGUUGGCUGCGCCCUCCUGCUCCGGGCAGCGAGGCCCUGGAGGGUGGGAGGGACGCUGCUGAACGCGAGCCGCCUGGCUUUGCAACGGAAAGAUUUCCUAGAACAUCAAAGACAAGAUCUUCAGCUGCCCUCUCUGUGGAUAGAUCUCCAAAGGCAUAUUGGAGGUCCCUUGUGACUCCAGUCUUGACUUAAAGAUGUAGGAAUCUCCCUCCAUUGUCCAGGAGCAAUAGCCACAGAGGCUGGAGGGACAGAACACCACCAAGGCAGGCAUGGCUGAGCAGAGUCUCAUUUCAUCUGAACAAUGGCUUCAGCUGCACGGACUUAAGAGCAAGAAACUGAGCUUGAAGCAGAUCUUGUCCCAGAUUGGAUUCCCGCAGUGUGAAGAUUAUGUGACUUCUUUGAGGAGACUCGUGGCUUCUCGGUAUGCUGAUGGCCUGUUCCCACAGUUCUACACAGCAGAAGAUGGCAGGCUUUACAACCUGACAGCAAAGUCAGAGCUGAUCUACCAGUUUGUGGAUUAUUUGACACAAGCUGUGCAGAGUUAUAAGCAGCGGAUGGACUGGCUUACCAGCAGGAGCCGGCAGAUUUUUGGUGUCAUCUUGGAACAGAGGGUCACCAUAGUUCUGGAUUUCAGGGACGUUCUGAUGGAGGAGCUCAAUCUGUGCCAGGAUGCUCUGACAAUGGUCCUCCAGGAGCAAGUGGCUCUCAUCACCAAGUUCAACAUGAUAUGGGCUUCUGAAGAGCCAGUGAAAUGGCAAGAGUAUGCUAUCUCUGUGACUGAACAAUCCAUUGCUGCUGCCAUCAGCUGGGUUGAGAAAAUAGUUUUUGAGCCAACAUCUGUGAGAGAGGUUAGCUGCCUGGAUGCUCUGCUGGAAGCUGGGAAAGAUGAAACUAUCGAAGCCAUUUACUACUUUGUGGUGGGGGAUGUUCCCAAGGAGUCCCAGAAGAUUCUUCUCCAGAGGGUUUUGGAGAUCCCAUAUCCCGUCUGCACAGUGUCCUUCAAUGCCAGAGGAGAAGAAACUGUGGCUUUCCUAAAGGAUCUGAGUGCCAAGGCCCACAGCAGAUUCCACGCCUUUGCUGAGAGGACCGAGUGUCUAGCAUUCUCCGCAUUUUCCACAGAGGAUGUUGACAGCUCAAUGACUUGGAAUUCAAGGAAACUGAAAGGAAGACUCCCUCCAGGUGCUGGUGUCAGAGAGGAUGUGUUUCUCAUUUGGAGAGAAAUGGAAGAAGCUUGCAGCACACUGGCUCAGGUUCGGAGGCUGAUGGACAAGUCUCCUCAGUCAGAUGUGUCCCCAGCAGACUGCAGAGCAGUGUCUGUUGAGAAUAAGGAAAAUUCAGAAGACACCUGGGAUUCUCAGAAGUGGCUCCAGAAAUAUGGCUUGAAAGCUCAGAAACUGACCUUUUAUGAUGUCCUCGCCAACUGCUCCUUCCGCCAUGCUGAUGGAGUUGUUGAUAUAAAAGCCAAACCAGAAGACGAGUCUGUGCAGACCAGUGCGGACAUCAAUAGGAAGACAGUCCACGCCAAAUACUGCAGCAGAUUCAUCCAUGUUCCCUGGAAGGAUGGGAACUUGGUCCACGUCAUCAUUACCAAGGAGAAGUUCAAAUGGUACAAUGAGAGAAUUCACAUAGCCCUGGCCAGGAUCCAGAGGAGGAUUAAGUGGCUACAAGAAGGAAGUCGAGUCCUCUUUGGGAAAGUGAGUGGAGAUUGCAUCUAUGUCCUCAUUGACACAUCUCACUCCAUGAAGAGCAAACUGGACCUGGUGAAGGAUAAGAUCAUUCAGUUCAUACAGGAACAGCUGAGGUACAAGAGUAAAUUCAAUUUUGUGACGUUUGAUGGUCAGGCAAUUGCUUGGCGGGAAAAACUCGCUGAAAUCAAUGAAGAUAAUUUGGAACAGGCUGAGUCAUGGAUUAGAAACAUUAAGGUUGGAAGUUCCACAAAUACCCUGAACGCCCUGAAAAUUGCUUUUGCUGAUAAAGAAACGCAAGCCAUCUACCUUUUGACAGAUGGGAGACCCGAUCAGCCACCGGAAAUGGUGAUGGACCACGUCAAACUCUUUCAGAAUAUUCCUAUCUACGCCAUCUCCUUCAAUUACAAUGAUGAGGUUGCAAAUGAGUUCUUGAAGGAGCUUGCUUCUUUGACUGGAGGAGAUUUCCGUGCUUAUAAUUUUGGCUGCAAGGAUCCCAUUCUUCAGGAUAUUCAGCAGGAUGAAGACGUGAACCUUUUGAUUCUGGAAAUGCAGCAGGGCUACAGCUACCUGGAGAAGAUGCAGGAGCUGUACUCCGAGUCCUUAGUCAUGGACUGGUGGUACAAUGGCGAAAAGGAAGGGGACAGCAAGCAUCAAAAGGAAAUCUCCUCCAUGGUUUCAACCUCAGAAAAAUAUGCAAAUUUUCAAUUGGAUGCUGACUCCGUGGCUGUUUCACCCCCAAAUGUGGAUGGAAAGACACAGAAAAAGAAAAUCCUCCAUGCAGAAGCGACGAAAACCAGCCUGCUCAGAAGCCUCCUAGCCAAGAGCUGCAGUGACAUGAAGGACAGCUCCAACUCCAGCAGCUGCGUUACUACCGCUCUGAGUGACAGAGAAAUGAGCAUCCUGAUGAUCAAUAAGUACUUCGAUGACAAGUUGUCCGAAAGACUCACUGGAAAUGAAAGCCGAGUCAAUGACCACACCUCUUCAGACAUGUCCUCUGAAGAGUGGCUCCGAACCCAUAGCCUUGUGGCCAAGAAGCUCACCAUCAUGGAUGCCUUGGCGGGGGCGGUGGUGCCCCACAGCGCCACCUAUGUUCCCAUCCUGAAUAAGCAUGUUGUCUCCAAGGUCUUUAAAGAGGAGUCCCUUCUGGAACAUGUGGACAGUGACACCAAUCAGAUGAUAUUGAUUAACACCCAAGGAGUCAAACUCAAUAUCUACAAGCAAAAGGUGGAACAGGCCAUUAAAUCCUAUGAAAAACGCUUAAAUAAAAUCGUCUGGCAAGCUCUGUCUCAAGAGGAAAAAGAGAAGUUGGAUGCCAUCAAACCCAUAAAAUACUUGGAAAACAAGGCAGUCUUAAACAAAGCCUUGGAACGCCUGAAUUGGCCCAUUUCACUGAAAGAGCUGUCCAUGCUGGAAAAUGAAAUCUUGGUUGGGAAAAUGUACAUCCAGCAAGCCAUGGAGCUCCAGGAGGCUGCCAGGAAGAGCUGUACCAUCAAGACUCUGGAGGAGCAGCAGAAAUUACAAGGGUAUCCAACAAAGAAAAUCAAAUCAAGAAAAAUAGAUUCCCUCAGAGGCCAGAAGGUCAUUGCCAGAUGUGAGGAGAAUGGCUUCUAUUUUCCAGGGGUUGUGAAGAAAUCUGUGAGUGCCACCCAUGCACUGGUAGACUUCAGGUAUGGAGAAACCAAGAUUGUACCCAUCUCCUUCAUCACACCUAUUGGGGGCGCCAUGCCCUGCCCACAACUUCAGGUUGGGGAUUAUGUGUUUGCCAAAAUCAUGACGAGCAAAGGAUUUGACUUCUAUGUCCCCGCCAUUGUCAUAGCACUUCCAAAUCAGAGUGUGGCUUCAGAAAAAUUCUACACAGUUUUGAAGUGUAACAACCGCAGAGAAUUUUGCCCUCGGAGUGCACUUAUAAAGAUAAGCCAAAACAAGUAUGCUCUCUCUUGCUCUCAUAUAAAAUCGUCCACAGUUGAGAAGGACCAAGCAGUGGAAGAAUUAGAGGCAAGUAGAUCUUUCCCACUCUGGACAGUGACUGAAGAAGACCCUGAAAAUUUGCAACUGAGACAAGAGAGCCUUAAGAAAAAGAAAAAGAAGUCCACCAAGAGGUCCCUUCUCCAGGAGACGAUGUCCUCAGAUUCGGAUGGCUCUUCCCAUGGCACCAGGCUCUCCGCUUGUGGCUUAGGACACUGCCAAUCUCGACUUCGCUGCUACACCGUCACCAGGAGCAGCCCUGUGCUGUCAGAUUCCAGCCACCACCGACAGCGCAAGGUGCUGAGGAACCGUAGCUGAGGAACCCUAAGGCAUCCUAGUGGCAGCUAACUUUAAGCAAGCCACUGUUCCUCCAGGGCUGCUCAGAGCCCACCCAGCCUUUGGACCCUGUGGAGCAAGCCUCUCUGCUGAGGUAAGGGUUGCCUUCAUUCCACCCAAUGCCUUCCCCGAUAAUGAGAACAAGCUCCCCGCCCACAACCCCAACCUACUGUUUGAAUUUGGGGAUUAUUCUAGCCAUUCUGUAUCCUACGUUCCCCCAUCACCACAAAUUGUUCUGGCCUUUUGAUAUGUAGCUUUUGAUGAGCUGUCAGAACGUUCUCAGGGUUCUUUUGGGGAGUCUGCAUAGUUAGGCCCCACCCCGACGCCCUUGUUUUAAAUUGGUUCUUCCUUGUGAAUUAAGAAUGUUGUCACACAACAUGAAGAUUGAAAUUAAGACCUGGUUGGUAGCUUGUUUGAGAUCUGUAAGAGUGAGCACUCUCUGUGUUACUGUUUUCUGAACAUUUUUAUUGAGCCCUUCCUAAUUGGUUUUGUCUGUAGUCUGUUGUAGGUACCUCUAAUUGAGUGCAGAACCUGAAUAAACUCUUACAUUGGAAA